GACGGCCAGAGGCAUUCCACUUGUUACAUUAUCAUUUUUCUUUCAACUAAUGCUUCCUGUCACAAUGCACUCCAACUAAUUUUUCCCCAAAGACAUGAUCCCACCGACAUUCACGGGGUGUCCUGGCAGCGCCAUCGGGGUAGUUCCUCAAGGCAGUACCAAUGUAAGUGUCUACUGGAUUCCACCCAUGACUGAAGAUAACUCUGGACUGGUAACCUUGUCAUCGGACAGGGAUCCUGGGGAUAUCUUUCCCGUGGGCUCGUUUCCUGUGGUGUAUACCUCCAGAGAUAUGGCGGGCAACUCUGUUUCUUCGUGCCGUUUCCUUGUAAACGUGACAAUGUCGACAGGAGAAAUCAAUGCAGGCCCUGUACUGAUGAACUGUCCAUCUGAUAUGACCAUAAACUUACCAGUCACUUCGUCUGAGGUAGCCGUGUCUUGGACUCCACCCACUGCAGACGAUGACGCGAGCACCCCAAUUGUGACGUCGGAUAUACAACCCGGCAGUAUGUUCGGAUAUGGAUCGACUCUGGUGACGUACACUGCUAUAGAUUCACAGGGAGUUGAAGAUACGUGUUCCUUUACUGUCCAAGUGCGGGAUCAGACCACCCCUUUCAUCAUGGAUUGCCCGUCAAGUGCUAAUGGGGUUCUUCCACAGGCAAGCUCUUCCGAUGUUCCAGUAUUCUGGACACCGCCGACUCACACAGACAAUUCUGGAAUGUCAACUUUGAGGUCCACUCAUAUACCAGGCUCUUCUUUUCGCGAAGGCACCACUGAGGUUCUCUACACAGCUGUAGACGUUGCUGGUAAUUUAGACGAGUGUCGAUUUACUGUCACCGUGACGUCACCAGAAGUCGUAAAUCCACCUCCGGUAAUCUUGAAUUGCCCUUCGCGUAGACUUGGCGUGUUAUCAGAUUCAAGCAGUGUGGCUGUAUCCUGGACUGAGCCGACUGCUACGGACGACACAGGAACGCCAACACUGACUUCAAACGUAAGGCCUGGUAGUGACUUCCGGUUUGGCAUCGCGACAGUAACCUACACAGCAGAGGAUGACGGAGGAGCUAUAGCUACUUGCUCAUUUAAUGUUCAAGUUAAAGACGUGACAGCUCCAGCCAUCACAGGUUGUCCGGCCAGUGCGUCAGCUACUCUACUACCUGGAUCCACUUCUGUCAGUGUGACAUGGACCCCACCAACUCAGACGGACAACUCGGGUGUUUCCUCUUUAACUUCCACGCACGAACCAGGCUCCAUGUUUUCUGCCGGUGAUACCGAAGUCACCUACACUGCGAUUGAUACUGCAGGAAACACGAAUCAGUGUUCACUUGUCGUUACAGUCAUUUUGCUCUCAGAUGUACGGUGCGUAACUCCUGCUAUCUCUACAAACCUGAACAGUGUUGGAGACCAGUGUAGCCAACCAGUGGAAAUCACAUUCAAUGCCCAGUGUAAUUACCAAUGUAAUUCUGGAUACAGCAUUGUUGGGGAUACGACUCUAUCAUGCGGAAUGGACGGCAGACUAGUCGGGACUUUCCCAACGUGCCAAGAUACGAAUGAGUGCAGUGCCAGUAGCCCACCUUGCGUCGAUCCGAACAGUUUCUGUCUAAACACCAUAGGAUCGUUUACGUGCCAAUGUAGCGAUGGUUAUCAGAGUUCUAUGGACGGAAGCUGCCAGAGAAUCCAGGAUGAAAGCUGCUCCACCGUUUCUUGUCAGAAUUCUGGUACCUGCAUGGAAGGUACAAACGGCCCUGUCUGCCAGUGUGGUGAUACAUCAACCGGCCCUCUCUGCCAGAUAGAUUUGACGUGUGGGGCAACCACUUGUCAUUCUUCGCAGGUAUGCCUAAACGGACAAUGUGUAUGCCCUGAAGGAACUCGGCUGGUCCAAGGUCGAUGUCAAGAUGAAUGUGCGGUCUCAUGUGACCAAUUUACAGAGAGAUGUGUUCAGACAUUGAGUGGUUUAACGUGCUUAUGCCGACCGAACAGGGAUCGUAGCUACUGGACGAAUGCAUGCAUUGAAAGACUGCAAAUGUUCAUCAUCAGUUUUGCAAUAAAUCGAAUCGGGUUACAGCUCGUAGACUUCAACGAUAAUUAUAGAAACCCACAAAGUCCGGAAUACAUGAUAGCAGCUUCUGCGGUACAAAAUCUUUUGCCACGAAUAUUAGUCUCGCAAGGAGUUCGGGGUAUCAUCAACGUCGGGGUAGUCCGUUUCUUCCAAGGUAGUUUGAUGACUGAGGUCAGUAUUCCUGUCGGUGCCGAUUUCGUGGGCGAUGCCUCUACCAUCAGCGACGCCAUUACUGCCUACCUCAACAGCAAUGACAAUACCGUAAGCGAUGGAACACACCAACUUGAAAUACAGCCUCAAGUACAGGCAGAGGAAACCACAGUCAUCAAUGAAUGUGCCGAUGUCGCCACCAACGACUGUUCUAGUAAUAGCACCUGCAUCAAUGAUGUAUCAGGAGUUGGAUACACCUGUCAAUGUCUCCAAGGGCUUGUGGAUCUCUAUCCAACCCUCCUACCUGGACGGCACUGUGUUCCUGUUGCAACCGAUAUCAAUGAGUGUCAAACAAGCACAACCUGUAGUGACGAGAACAGCUUCUGUCUGAACACCGUCGGUUCAUUCGUGUGUGUUUGUGACGAUGGAUAUGAAAUGACUGCCAAUGGUGUCUGUCAGGUGCAAGUUGCGCAAUGUUCGAGCACAUCAUGCCAGAAUUCAGGCACCUGUUCAGUUGGUACCCCAGAACCUGUUUGUACCUGUUCAUCUUCAUUUGCCGGGGCUGCUUGUGAAAUAGAUCUUCGCUGUGGAAAUGGUAACUGUCACCUAUCACAGGUGUGUUCUAACGGCCUGUGUACAUGCCCAGAAGGAACCGAAUUAUCCCUUGGUAUAUGUAUAAAUCAAUGUUCCUCUUCAUGCGAUCUCCAGCGUGAGAUAUGCAUGCAGACAUCCAGCGGAAGUUAUACAUGCGAAUGCAGACAAGACAGAGACCGAAGCUUCUGGACAAGGCAAUGUGUAACAAGAGUUCGAGAGUUUUUCAUCAGAUUCAUUGUUGCAGAAAUCGGAGUCUUGGCAGUAGACUAUAGUGAUCAAUAUGCAAAUGAGCAAAGCCAGGAAUAUCAAGAUGCAGCUGAGGCUAUCCAGAAUCUGCUUCCUCGCAUCCUACUUGCCCAAGGGGUUCAAGGAAUCAUCAACGUAGGCGUCCAGGGUUUCUUCCCCGGUAGUCUGGGCGUGGAUUGUAGGAUACCCGUCAGUGCUGACUUCACCGGUGAUGAAAACACAAUCUUAGAUGCCAUUUUAUCUCACCUUCGAAACAAUGGUAACACUCUCAGUGACGGCACUUUCCGACUUGAGAUACCGGGCGAUUUAGUCACAACAAGAGAUGCUGUUACAACCACAGUUUUGCCUGUUCAAACGGGUGGUGUCGUUUCUGACGGAGAGGUAAACAUUGGUUUGAUUGUGGGUGUCAUUGGAGGUGUUCUGCUUCUCAUAUGCAUCCUGUCAAUCGGUGCCUGUCUUAUGUUUGCACGUACCCGCCAACUGAAUCAACUGAGACGAAAAGGAGCGGUCCAGUCUGAAGAAUACGGAACAGAUGACUUGAUAUACCGACUGGCUGCCUCCAUCCCUAAUGUGUACUUUCAAAGUCCAGGGCCUAUAGAGGAAGCACCAUCCCCACCCUCCCCUCAAGAAAAUACCCCUCCUGCACCUCAAAAGGAAAAACGCAAGCAUCGCAGGAGAAAGGGCCCCUUCUUUUAUCACCCUGCUUAAACGUGGAACACCCAUGACUGUGAAAUCUUCAUCAUGGCUCAAGUAGUGCCAGUUGGGAAUUAGGCAAUUGAAGAGCUGAUAAAACCAAUUUCAUAGUACACAUUCAAGACCACAUUCUCAUCAACUGUCUGGACAUCGAAGAUAUUAAUUAUUUAUAAAUGUAUAUAAGAUUAUUUUACUCAGCUUUCUUUAAGUGUUGGUUCAGUUAAGAAUGAGUCUUUAUUGAUAGUUUUAAAUCCUGAUUAAAAUGAAUUAUGUACAUUCAUUCAUGCAAAUUUUAAUUUGUCUUCAAAUAUUGUCUUCUCAGGAUUACGAAAAUGUAAGACAUUGUAUUGCUGUUCGUUCUUGUAUACAUAUGCAAAUUAUGUAUGGAUUAGUUACAUAAAAAUAUUGCCGUAAGGGCUUAUACAUGUACAUGAUAAAGAAAUGUGCGUAUGGUUGAAAAAAGGUUCAUUUAUAGAAGAAAACGUACAAAGAGUUCAAAAUAUUUGAGCAAAGUAUCAACAUUAUUUCAUCAGUACAAAUCAUAAAUAAGAAAAAUAAACCUAGCCUGGAAUUAACAGAAUUAACAUAAAUACAGAAGACUAAGUAAAAUGGGUGUGUUUAUUCGGGAUACCCGCGAAUCGUCCAACAAGCGCCAAAUCUUCUUGAUGUUAAUGAUUAUACUGAAUCUAAAUUAAGCCCACGUUGGCUGAGUCGAGAAGUUCGUAUACUACAAACACAACAGAACUCGUUCCUCCUCGAAAUGAUAACUGGUGGACAGAAAAGUUAGUUUACGUUCGUAUCUGCCGGCAUACGCUCUGUUAAUACGGAUAGUAUCCCGUAAUUAGU